GAACCAUCUAGAUCAAUUUUUUCCCCCUUUUUUUCCACUUUAAAUCCCCCCUCAAGCCUUUCCCCAGCUUCACCCCUCCUCUCUCUCUUCUUGGGUUUCCUCGCAGCACUUGAUGUAGCUUACUCCGAACGACAAGGAAAGAUCCCAUAGCUUAAUCUUGCCUCCCAAGCAAAACGAGUGUCCAUCUUGCGGUGUCUGAGGAGGCAUCAUGGGAACUUUGGUAGGUCAUGUGGCACCAGGCUUUGGGUUCUUGGUGAUUGGGCUGUGGCACCUCUUUAACCACAUCAAGCUGCACUCCCUGCGUCCCGGCGCCUACACCUCCCGGCCAUGGUUCCCCACCUCCAAGCUCAGGCGCCUGGAGCUCUACCUCAUCAUACUAGGCAGCCUGGCUUCCAUCUCCAUGGAGCUCGUCAUCGGCCCGGAGAAGCACCAGCCCUUCGACGACGACGGCACCAUCCCCCCCAACCACCUGCAUAACUUCGAGCACGCCUCCAUCUCCCUCGCCCUCCUCGUCUACGCCUCCUUCGCCAUCGUCUUCGACCGCGUCAACCCCAGGCUGCGCGACGAGAUGACCAUGCUCCUCGCCGCGACAGCCUUCGCGCUGCAGCUGCUCAUGUUCCACCUCCACUCCGCCGACCACAUGGGCGUCGAGGGCCAGUACCACUGGCUGCUGCAGAUCGUCAUCGUGGUGUCGCUCGCCACCACCCUCCUCGGCGUCGCCCUCCCCCGGAGCUUCCUCGUGAGCUUCGUCCGCUCGGCGAGCAUCGCCUUCCAGGGCGUCUGGUUCGUCGUCAUGGGCCUCAUGCUGUGGACGCCCAGCCUCAUCCCCAAGGGCUGCUUCAUGAACCUGGAGGUGGGCCACAUGGUCGUCCGGUGCCGCAGCGACGAGGCUCUCCACCGUGCCAAGUCCCUCGUCAACCUCCAGUUCAGCUGGUACACGGCGGCCAUGGCCGUCUUCUCCAUGGCGCUCUACCUGUGGCUUUCCAAGGUCUUCCCCGAAGAGCCGCAGUACCUACCGCUCCUGAAGGACGCAGCUCGAGAGGAGCUGGAGGAACAGGACUUGGACUUGGAGUCACAGAAGAAGCUGAUGGAGUCCAAGAGCUUCCUUCACACGGGAAAAGGCCUAAGGGCCAUCGAACUCGAGAGGUGACGACACGAAAGAUCAGCUUUGGUCUCCUCUUUCUUCGAUCCAGCAGUCUUUCUUGGUUAUGGUAUCUCAACAGGUGGCAAUUUGUAACUAUUGGGAUUGUUUUAGGUUAUUCUUUUGGCUUCUGGUGUUUGGUCCGCUUCUUCCUAAUGGAGGAGUUACUGUGUGAUCUAAAUUGUACAGUGAAGAUGGGUUUCUGUGACCA